CAUAAUUGAAACUUAGCAGGGAGUUUUCACGAGUGUGAGUCGAGCUCGGGCGUCCAGCGGACGGUAACACCGACCGGGAGGCUCUCGAAGGGGAUAAUGCGGUUUUGAGCGUGAUCGUGCGUGAUGGAAGCUUUGGUAUUCGGAGAUGAUGGCGGAGCUCGGGGCGUGCUCGACGGUGCACUUCUGGACGGCGAGUGUCCCAUGGUGCAAGUGCCGCUUCGGUGCUUAGUGUCGUUCUAGAUUUGUGGUGAGGUUUCGAUAGUCUUAUUGGACGCGGGUGUUUCAUUUCGAUUUUAGUUUUUUUCCGCGGAAAGUAGCGGAGUACUGAGUGAGUAGCGAGUAUGUUGUAUUUGUGGUAGUUGGAUCGCCGGCAUUUCGUGCUCUAGAGACAUGAGUUGUAGUUGUGGAGGAGUGAAAGGUCUUGACCGUGCGCGCGUACGUCCUCAUGCCAUAGCAGCAUCUGUUAUGAACAUUUCCUGAUGGCACGUGCAUGGGAUAUGGACGAUACAUGCGAGGGAGCAUGUGGAAGAAUACACCCGGAGCCUGUGUCAGAAAGGGAUUUAAAUUAUGCUCUGCUUCAAGCUGCAAGCCUAGGAAAUGAAGAUAUCUUGCAUACCCUUAUUGAGGCUGGAGCGACAAACAUUUCAUCUGCAUCAGCUUGUGCUGGCUAUUCCGGCCAUCGACAUAUUGUGGAUGCGUUGCUCCCUCGAGCACGGCCGGUUGUUAUUGGUGCCGCUUUUGUAGGAUCCCUAGUCGGUCUGCGAAAGGAUCUUCUUGAUCAUGUGAUAAAGGUGGCCGACUUGGAAGGGUUGGAUAGGUGCUUGCUCCUUGGAGCAGCCCGGAUAUGGAGCUGCAAAACUACGGAAGAGACCGACUUCCUUAGUAAUGCUAUCAGCGAAGUGGCGAAGGCUGGUGCUAGAAGCUUCCCUACAGCUGUACAAGCGACUUGUGGCGAUGCACUGAUCAGAUACUGGAAUAAGUAUGUGUUUGAAGAAAAGAUUAAGAUUCUAGAGAGUCUUAUCACCCUUGGUUCUCGUUAUCUUACACCAGAAUUCAUGGGCAAAAUCUCGCUGAUGGUGUGUGUCACCCUUUACACUAAAUUGGUAAAACCGGAAGAUACAAGGCGAACCGCACAUUCGGGACGCAAGUUUCGGCAUCACAAAAAUGGAGAUUGCAAUUCAACAUUUGUACCAGAUGCACAGGAUAUGAUGGAGAUUCUUUUAGUAGUGUGUAGGAAUGGUGCUGUGUACAGAGGUCUUUCUGAUCGCCCUGAAAUGUUACAUGCGAAAUCUGCAUGUAAAACGUCUCUACUACAUGAGGCGAAUUGUUCAUAUCACUUCGGAGAAGGGAAAUGCGAUUUGGGGGCUUGCAGGAUAGACUGGCCUUUGAGAAUGCUGAAGUUUCUCCUGGUCGAGUGCGAGGUUGGAAAGCUGAGUUUUUCUGUCACAACUCUUGCUGUCUAUCAAGCGGCUAGAUCAAAUGUCUUAUAUCCAGUGGUGCAGUGCUUGGUGGAGGAGAAAUGUUACGAGGCUGCAUAUGUGUAUCUUGACAUGGCAGUGACCUUUUGCCAAGCUGAAGCUAUACAGUACUUGUUGAACGCUCUUCCGAGGCCUAGAGACCUGUUAUACCUGGUGACCGCAGUGAGAUGUGCAGCUUCAACUUUUCGGGGUCCACCUCGUGGUCCACAGGGGGUGCUUUUAGCUCUGCAUGCCAAUUUUCUGGAUGAUCCUGCUACAACUCUCAGAGAAGCAGAAAUAUUGUCAGAGUUGCCAAAGACGGAUCAUCUUGUCAAGAGGCGGCUGAUAGAAGAGUGGUCUCCUCAAGCUUUCAACGAAGGGGUCAAAGCUGGCGAUGCUCAUUACAUGACAUGGAUGCUUCUGAGAAGGCGCAGCGACUCUGGCUUCAAAGAGUUGCCCGUGGAACUCCAGGUUGCAAUCGCUUAUUUGCCACUUUAUAGAGCUUGCUCUCAAGCACCUGGGACUCUAUUAUCACAGCGACAAAGAGGAGAACUAACAACGGCUGUGCUCCAUUUGUAUAGAGGCAGUGGCAAGUUGGCUGACGCAAAAGUCCUUGAAGCUGAUAAACCCACUUUGUUGGGCUUCCUUGCGGUCUGUCUACCUGAUUGGUGUCAAGAAGUUGUCCAAGUCGACGAUGCAACAUCUUUUUGCACCUUUUCAUGAAGCAGUGAACUCCUUCAGACUAGCAAGGCGCAGCAGAUCUCUGCCGGCGCCAAGUUUCUUAUCCUUGCUACCGGUUCCUAAACUCAGAUCAUGUCCAAUUGAGGGCGGUUCUUGGAAUUAAUUGGCAACUUUGCUGCAUUUUAUCAGCAUUAUUCUUCAUUCAUCUUUUUAGGUGCAUGAUUGUUAUGAAGUUGAGAUGCGGAGGUACAUAAAUCUUUUGGGACAUGUGAGGUAUUUCUUUUGCCGAACAGUUGCUGGAAUUUUUUUGUGCGAACAUACCUUGGAAAUUACCAUCAUACUAUGCUAGUAUAAAAGUAUAAUUUUCGUCUUUUGAGUUCGGAAAAAUCAAAAAUUAAGUUUUUAGCAUCUUUUGUAGGUUGUGGAGCAAAAAAUAGCCAAAACGUAGCGUUAGUUUAUGGAGCACUUGGGGUUAGUAUUCGUCACGAGGUGCAUAUUUAGCAUCUUAAUUGGAUUUUUUAGAGGAUAAUGAGGGAAGAAGUGGCAUGCAGUGCCUUCAAUGAGUGGUUUUGCCAGCUCAAUAUCUAAAGCUCAGUAAUGGCUGAAUGUUGAAUUUAAAUGGAAGCGCUGAAUUUGAACUUUGAAAGGUUUCAUGUGGUA